UCCAAAAAAUCCACUUUUCUGUUCAAUUUCUUCCUCGCUUCUUCCAGAAAGGGUUUAGUACCUUAAACCCCAAGGCCAUGGCUCUCAGAUCGGCGGCGGCGGCGGCUCCUCGGAGUUUGAGGCGGCUCAUUACAGGGACCUCAACUCGUACUCUACCGAUAAUCUCCCAGACUAUUCAUGAUUGGGAGAAACUGGAGCCAAGCACCAAUGCUUUCCUUUCUGGCCGCCUCUUCUCUAGCGCUUCUACUUCCAGUUUCAUUCCUCCGCCGCUCCCUCCGUCGGCUCAGCAGCGUGAGCAGCCUGAGCCUAGCACUAACCUUUUCGUUUCCGGCCUCAGUAAACGCACUACUACUGAAAAACUUCAUGAAGCCUUCGCAAAGUUUGGAGAAGUUGUUCAUGCAAGAGUUGUGACUGAUCGAGUGACUGGAUAUUCUAAAGGAUUUGGCUUUGUUAAAUAUGCCACUUUGGAGGAUGCGGCUAAAGGCAUAGAAGGCAUGGAUGGCAAGUUCCUGGAUGGUUGGGUUAUAUUUGCCGAGUAUGCAAGGCCAAGACCGCCUCCCGAGAAUAAUGGUUUCCGUCCACAUGGCCAUCAAUGACAAGUUAAGUUUCGCUAAUGCUUCCCUGCCCACUGAACUCUCUCGGUCUGCAAAACGGCAUGCAACUAUAUUUAUAUGAUUUAAGUUCUUUCUUCAAUGGAGGUUCGUUGUUGUUCUCUUCUAUUGCUGAUAGCUUUUUUGUUCUGCGGAACUGUAGAUUAGCCGCAGGUGAGUAUAUUUAAAUUGAGACAGAGCAUUUAUAGGUACCAUGUAUGACCUAUUUUUGAACACAUUUAGUUAAAAACUAGUUUAUUUAUAUAUAUGUUACGCAAAUAGACGUACUUUGCACUGCA